AUGGCACAUGCACCUCACACAAGGCCCCGGCAAUUGUACCCGAUCCUGUCGGCCGCCGGCGCGGCGGCGGCGCGCGCUGAUUGGGCCGGGCGACGCAUCCCGGCCCGCGCUAGCCCACCAAGCGAGGCGCGCGGGCCCUCGCGGGCACUUUGGCAUGCUGCCCGCCAUGGACGUUUGCCCACAACCGCACUCGGCCAACAUGGACAAAAAUCCUCUCCCUCUGCACCACAUGGGAAAAUGCCAGAACGCGCCCAAGCGAUCACCGUCACCGUCGCUGCCGCCGCCGCUGGGCCUCCCCCCGCCCGCCUGCUCCCCGGCGCAGAUCCCAUCAUGUUGCUGCUCGCCCCCCCCCCGCGGCGCAAUGCACACAAGCCUUAUUUUCAGCCUGCCCUGACGGGCGUGCAGACGGCUCCUGUACACACCUAG